UUCAAUUCGCACGAAAUUUAAUUGAAAAAAAAGAAAAAAAAUGGAAAAAGUAAAAAUCGCCAUCGAUAUUGGCUCGACGAAAAUUGUAGCAGCCGUUUGUGACGAAAAUGGCAAAGCUCACAUCUUAACGGAUGACCAAGCAAAUCGAUUUAUGAUCGCCUGCGUUGGAUUUACGGAUCGUCAGAGAUUAUUUGGCUUCGCUGCCGACUGUCAAGGCACUGUCAAUCCGAAAAAUACGAUUUAUGGGAGAGACUUAAAAUUGCUUCAAGAGCAACGUCAACAUGAAUUUUCUCCUCUUCGUCUGAGUCAAGAUCGCAGCAAGGCUCUUGUUGUUCUCGUCGACUAUCGAAAAAAGACUGAAGUUGUCUAUCCGGAGGAAUUAUUGGCGAUGUUACUAUCAAAAGUCAAAAUAAAUGCCGAAAAUUCGCUAAAAACUGAGGUUGAAAGUUGUGUUUUGACAAUUCCCGCUGCUUUUUCCACGCAAAAACGUUCCAGCUUCGAGCUGGCAGCCAAAAUUGCCGGAUUUCACGAUGUUCAAAUGCUAAAUGAUACCACAGCUGCUGCCAUUACUUAUGCCAUGGAGAAAAAUUCGCACCCUGAAGGUCAUAAUGUGCUAAUUUUCGAUAUCGGAGCAACUUCAACCGAAGCUUCGAUCGUUUUUGUGACCAAAAAUGGCGUCUUCGUAAAAGCCAAUGCCGCCGAAAUGAACUUGGGCGGUGAGAAUUUCGUCAAUACCUUGGUCGAGUACUUCCUGCGCGAGUUUCGGGCCGAAACUAAGAUCAAUUUGGCGAAAAAUGAGCAAAUUAUUGCGCGUCUCCGUGUUGGAUGUGAAAAAUUGAAGAAAGCUCUGUCAACGGGAGAUACAGCAAAAGUGACUCUCGAGUCAUUUUACAAUGGGAUACCUUACGAUCUCAUCAUGACACGUGAAAUUUUCGAACUGCACUGCGCCGAACACUUUACGAAAAUUAUGGGAGUCGCGCGGAAACUUUUUCAUUCGACGCUGAUUCAAAAAUCUGACGUCGCAGCAACGAUUUUGGUCGGGGGCGGGGGCAGAAUCCCCAAAAUUCAGCAAGAUUUGAAGGCUUUCAUGCAUGGCGGGGAACUUUCGCGCAUUUUGAACCAAGAUGAGGCAGUUGCGACGGGAGCUGCGUAUUUUUCGACGAAUUCUUUGCGAGUUGAGGAACUUCCACGAUUGAAUUCGUUGUUCGGGAACGGUCCGCUGAAGGAUUUGGCGAAAAUGCAGCAAGUUUUACGGCGAUUUGAUGAAGAUGAGGUCGCACUUUUGGAACAAAUGGCCCAAAUUAAUGACUUGGAGAAGCUUUGUUACUCCUACAAACGAGCUGUGGUCAAACAAGGCGUGGAAAAAGGCGACGAACAGUUGGUUGUUGAAAAAUGUAAUGAAAUUUUAGCCUCUUUGGAGCACUUGGGCACCGGAAAUUUCGAUCGAAACGAUUUUCGACGUCAUUCUAAGGAGUUGAAGGAACUUUAUUCGCUUGUCUGUAACAAAAAUCACGAAAUUAACAACAAUUUACAAGAAAAUCCGAAUGUUAACUUACCAAAAAAUGACAAUUUUUCAAUGGAAGAGCAGGAAAUGAAGCAAAUUUAUGCCGUCGUGAAUAAAAAAUCCAGUUUUGAGCCUCCAAAAAAGGUUGAAAUCAAAGAAAUUCACGUUGAUGUCCCAAUUAAAGCUGAUUCCGGGCAGGAAUUUUACGAUCAAGGCGUUGCUCUGUUCGUCGCCCAAAACUACAAAGAUGCUCUCGAGAUUUUCACGUAUUUUAUUCAGCAAUCGAAGCAACAAUUGAGCAUCUUAGACAUCAAUGAGCUCUAUUCCUAUCGUGCCAAAUGUCAUUUUUACCUGAAAAAUUACGAAAAAUUUCGUCAAGAUGUCAAUCAAAUCCCGCGAAAUCGUCGGAGUCAAGAACUAAAAGUCAUGACGGAACAAGCAGCGCGAAUUUUUUUCAUCGCACGUGCCAAAGAAGCUCUCAAUAAGAUCCGUUUGCAUCAAAGAGACGCUCCAGCGAUCGAAGUUUCGCUCUCAAUCCUCACGAGUGUCAUCGAUAUUCGUCCAAAACCGAUGAAAACGUUCGAGGAGCAGCGACUCACGUCGAAACUUUUGCAUAGUCGAUCCAUUUUGAACUUUCAGAUGCGUCGAUAUGCCCAAGCCAUACAAGAUUCCUAUCAAAAUACCAAAAUAAUUCACAGCAAUCCGGAUUUCCAUGACGAACGACAGCAAAUGUACGACGAAUUGAUUCCUUAUUUGAAGACAACGCCAAAAACGAAGGAUUUGUACAAGAAUUUUGGCGGACAAACGUGUGAGGAGUUCAACGAAGUGUCGCGAUGCGUGAAGGAAAGCAAGAAAACGAAGAAACGGGGACUUUUUUACUGUUGCGGUUCCUAAAAUUAAAGAAAAAUUUAGUUUUUUGUGGAUUUUUUAAAGAUUUUA